AUGGACGACGCCGAGGCGCCGCCAGAGGCGCGGCGGUUGAGUAUCGAAAAGGUGCCCAUCGUCCUCGAGGCGCCGCCACCAUUCGACGGGCUACCAGACGAAAUCAUCGAGCAGAUACUUCUGGCGACAGAUCCCAAUGGCUUCGCCUCGCUGAUGACGCUCAACCGCAAAUGGAGAGAUGUAUCACAGCGCCCGCACCUCUACCGAUACCACCUCUCACGAUGUCCGACAUAUGCAACGUCCCAUGCCAGCUUGCCGUCCGCCGAUGACGAAAACUUGCCCCGUCUGCGGCGCCUGUUCGCCAGGGAAGUCAAGCGAAACCUCUUCGAUUCCUACGUGCGGCCGAGCGUCACCAUUAUUAAACUCGUGUCCAAGGCCAUCAGCUCGUCGUCAUGUCCGGGAGGAGAAGGCAUGGGCUUCACCACGUCCCCAAAUGGCCACCACGUAUUGGCGUACAACUCAUCAAGGAUGUACCUGAUAAAUGCCCAAGGAUCGGGUAUCGAGAUGAAGCGCGAGUUCAAGAUGCUGCGCCGCCCGGUAUCGGCAUGCGUCUCCAACGAUGCAAGCCUCUUGGCCGUUCUUUCCACCGAGAUGCAAGUCGACAUUUACGAUCUAAAGCAAUCUCCACCCAAGCGGAAGCAGUCUAUGAUACUCGACAAUAACCCACGAACCAUUGCGCUGUCGCCUUGCGGCACUGUUCUCACAGCAGCAUAUGAUGGAGGCAUUGAGGUUCAAUCGCUAACCCGUGGAGCGUCUUCCACAGAAAGGCGCGCGGUUAAGUGUGAUGCAGUCGAUGCGUUGGCCUUUUCCUUUGACGGCACGCAGAUUCUUGGCACAACAUUACAUUCGUCUCCACCGAGCACGGUCGUCAUCACUGCGCCGUACUAUGAUCCCGGCGCCCUUGCCAUGGACGAGAGCGAAGAAAACCUCAGCGCAAUGUGGACUACAUCCAUCCUGUUCCCUAACUCGAGUCGAGACUGCAGCCAUGCCGUGCUUCUACAGGACGGUAGCCAGGAGGAGGCCGCUUGGGCAUUCGCAUAUGACCGUAGCUUCGAGACCUUUCGAGCCGUCCGGAUUGACGACCUUAGAAAUGGCACCACGUAUUUUACAGGCCCGGUGCCCAAAACAACCUCGCAGGCCAAGUUACUUCCUUGUACGCUGCCUUCAGCUACGUAUCAUGGUGAGUUGGUAUCGGCGUGUUUUCACGGUAGCGAAGUUUGGAUUUAUGGCGUGCCUGAGGACUUGACUGCAGUGCCUGAAGCUGCAUCAACCACCGACACUGCAUCUGGCCUGGCUCGUAGGAACAGCGCUCAGAGCCAUUCUUCACGAUCGCCAUCGACAAGGACACAGGAAGUUGCUAUUCCCACAGCUACCACUGGAAGGGUUCCCCAGUGGCAGAUUUUGUGCGAUAAGCUGAGGAACAACUUCGUGGCGGGGCACCAAACUUCGGAGCUUAUCGGCGUGAGCAAUGUGAAAUGGGUUUCUGGAUUCGGCGAUACGCCACUCAAGGAGAGGCUCAUUGUCACUGCCUCUGGAGUGGCAGGACCCAGGCUCGUCACCGAAGACGAGGACAUGGAUUUUGUCGAUGGCGGCAGAAUCGCUCUGGUGGAUUUUGGAUAUGCUUUCACCGACGGAACCAAGACUGAGAUCACCAUUGAGGUUGGAACUGAUGAUGCCGAGGUACUUGAAGAAGAGCAGCGCGAUAUAGAAACCGAAGUCGCCAUUGUGCGGCGAAGGACGGUAGCCCAACGUGGAGGGAGGAGAGGGGGGAGGAGAACCAGCCUGAUGCGGACUGCAACAAUCGCCGUUACUCCCACCUCUGCUACCGGACCGGGUAAUCAUCAUAUAGUCAACGAGGACGACGACCCCCUAGUACCAAGGACAUUGGGCCGCAAUCCUGGUGUAAACCGCCCAACCAUACAAGAACCCAUCGAUGACGACGAGUUCUUGUCGAUUGAGGAACAAGAAGCCAUGGACGCCCCCUAUGCACACUCUAGCCCGCGCUCAGGGACAACAUUGCGCCGGGCAGCUACAGUCGCCGCUGCCAACCGCUUACUGAAUCCUCGAACAGCUGAUGGGCGCCCCAUAGAGUACCGUCGGGCUGACGGUAGGAGAGAGCAUCCUCACGAGAGUGAUGCCGAUAAUUGGGAGCCGCCGCCACCUCCGUACCAGGCCGAAGAUCCUGGAGACACGCCUGCCUUUCUGCGCGGUCGCGCAAUUCUGGCACCUGCAUCACUCCCGGGGCAAACGCGACAGUAUCUGGCAAUGCCACCACCUCAACACCCUCCGGCAAGUCACAGUGUUCCACCUCAGCCGCCCACUCUGUUGAUUCCACCGAACUUAUCGUCGGUCCCGGCUCAUGGGGCUAGCCAUCUCAACGACCAAGGAUUAAACCAUAUUAGAUCCGCCAGCGACUCAACCGUAGUAAGCAGGCUACGAGUGGAUGAUGAAUUGCAUUUACCCCUGUCAAGCACGUCUGGCCCGUUAGAUCAUGAGGACAUAUACGACGUAUCUCCCCCGGCUUCACCAAUGAGGGUUCGGAGUCGAGAUAGUCAGUCCAUGGCUACUUCUCAGGAUUCCAUCACUGUCACGCCGCGACCAACGACUGCAACAUCGAGCACUUCGGUAGGGGUCUAUGAAAGCAGCCCAGCGACUGUAGGCCCUCUGGUUCAUCCUGAGUUCGACUUUGGCGGGCCGGGUCUUGGAUUUGAUACGUCUUCAAUUUCAGCGAUAGACGCCACCAGCGCCUCUAGUAAUAUUGUACGAAGGCUAUCAAAUGCACAAACUUGGCCAUUAGUAUCUCCAUCGUCUGAAAGUAAUGCAACGCCUUCUUCCUACACCGCUGAAACAAUGCGAUCAGUCUUGCCACCGGCCCCUAGCUCGGACCAAAUGGCCAGGCUGAUUCGGAGGGCCAGCCAGGGAAAUCCUCUUAACCUAGCAGGCAGUCUGCUCUCGACACAUGACCAGCAAAUACAGCGACCACAGCCGGUUGCAGGCUCACUGGCUCUAACCGCAGCAAAUGCGCCUCAUCUUGACAUUGAUCAACCCCUGAUCAUCAGCACCCCCGGUGGCGUGGGAGGUGCUUUUGAUCCCCCAGGGCGCAGGACAUCCCGCCGCGGUGAUCUACCGAUUGUAGCGCCUGUGCCCAGAAGGCCUCGCGCAACUGGUGGCUCUGCUGCACCUCCCACGGUAGAGAGGCUGGAAACCAUUUCUACUGGUCGUCCGGAACCCAUACAGCCCAACAACCUUGUCUUGCCGACGAGCCAAUCGAGAUCGAGACUCAACGACACCUGUGCGCGCGUUCCGUUCAUCGUCCGAGAUAAUAGACCCCUCAGAGCUCGUAGGCGAGUGGUUCGAAGGACUGGGAGAGCUAAAGGGGUUUGGAAUGGAAAGACGCUGUGA